UCCCCCCUCCACCACUGCCUCUGUUGGCCUAAACAUGGCAAUUGUCGAGAAACAACCCAGCAACCAGCUUCCACCGGAACCCUGUGAAGAUGGCCCCUCAGUAGAGGCAAUCAGUUAUCCAGAAGGUGGAGUUGCCGCAUGGACGGUUGCCCUGGGCUCAUGGUGUUCCAUGACAGCCGGGCUAGGUAUGGUCAACUCGGUUGGGGUCUUGGAGGCAUAUGUGUCGACGAAUAUCCUAGCCUCGAGCUCGGCAAACACCACCGGGUGGAUCUUCGGCAUCUACGUCUUUGUCUCUUACUUCUGCGGCGUCCAGAUUGGGCCCAUCUUCGAUGCCCGGGGCCCGCGCGGGCUGAUGCUGAUUGGGAGCGUCUUUCUGCUGAUCGGUACUUUUACGCUCGGCCUGUGCAACGAGUAUUACCAGUUCAUCCUCGCGUUCUCCGUCCUCAGCGGUAUCGGGAAUUCUUUCCUGUUCACCCCCGCAAUGGGCGCCAUCUCGCACUGGUUCCACGAACGGCGCGGCGAAGCAAGUGGCUUUGCCUUCACCGGCAGCGGCUUUGGUGGCGUGCUCUUCCCACUGAUGAUUCAGUCUCUGCUCCCACAGGUAGGAUGGGCGUGGUCGACGCGCAUCGUCGGCUUCGUCUUCCUCCUGCUGUGCGCCUUCAGCGUAAUCCUCUGCCGCAGCCGCCUCCCCCCCAAGAGAGGCGCAGAAACCUCCUGGCGCGACAUGGUACCAGACCCGCGCAUAUUCAAGGACGGUACGGGCGCCAUGGCCGUCACCACGGCGGGCAUCUUCUUCCUCGAAUGGGCGUACUUUGUCCCCGUGACGUACAUCCCAAGCUACUACCUCAUCCGACAGGGCCUUCUAGAAGGCAAGUCCGUCAGCGGCGCGGCGGCCUUUGCAUACCAGCUGCUUGCGAUUCUCAACGCUGUGUCCUGCUUCGGCCGCUACCUUAUUGGAUACAUCGCUGACAAGAAGGGCCGCUAUAACACGAUGAUCGUCUCCAACACCAUCUGUUUCGCUGCCGUUAUGGGUCUGUGGCUGCCUGACGCACUGGCCGACGCCCCGCCCAGCAAGGCUCUUCUUAUUAUGUUCGUCGUGGUCUUUGGUUUUGCCAGUGGCUCUAAUACUAGCUUGAUGCCUGUCUGUGUCGGUCAGCUGUGCGCUACACAUGACUAUGGCAGGUACUAUGCUAGCGCUUACACCGUCGCCAGCAUCGGCUGUCUUACUGGAAUCCCAAUCGCCGGGAACCUUAUCACGUCUACUGGUCGGGGACGCCGUGGGUACUGGGGCGUUAUUCUGUUUACUGGUCUCAGCUAUGUGAUUGCGUUUGCUUGCUUCGUUUGGGUGCGGAUACGCGUGAAGGGGUGGAAUAUACGGACUGUUUGGUAGGUUUGAG